AUGAGCAACGGAAACGUCAGCAGCCGACGCAAGUCUCUUAUUCCGCGACGAACCGUGACACCCACGGGGUUGCUACGACAGACCAGUGGGGGGAACAGCUCAAAAAGCAUGCUUCCCAUGCCCUCCUCCAUCAAAGGGGAGCCUGCCCCUGCUGAAUAUCGAACGCCCAGAGAGUAUAUAGACAUUCUGGAGGCGUAUGUUGAUCAGGAUCUGAUUUUGGAGAAACAGCAGACCACGCAGCUUAUACAGAAGAUCAAUGUGGUGAUGGCCCAGAUCCAGGAGCUUACAAACGAGAAGAACCAGAUCAUUCGCGAGAAACGCAAGAUACAGAGUCUAAUAGGUGACCUCAAGGCAAACUACGAGAAUCUCGACAAAACACUAGUGAUUAAAAACAAAAGCAUAGACAACGAGGUGCGACACAACAAGAGGCUUUUGGAAGUGAAGAAAAAGGAGCUCGACGAGCAGUCGCGCGGAAAAGUGCGGGAGGUAGAGCUGCAGAUACAUGAAAUGAUGCAGUCCACGCUACAGGACGAGGAGGAGGACCGUGUGCGUGCGCAGGAGCUGACUAAUUUGGAGGUACAAAACACAGAGCUCGAGGAGGAGUUGCGACGGUUGCAGGCUGAAAACAAGCGCAAGCUCAACGAUGUGCUUACGGAGGUGGACACCGAAAUAAGGGAGAAAAACAGACGGAAGGAACAGAACUUGAGUGAGCCGCGGCGGGCGGUUCUUGAGCUGAGAGCUAAUCUGGAACGAGCCAGAGAUGACUUGUCGAAGAAGGAGGAGUCGUUAAAACAGCUGGACUGCGCAAUUGAGCAACAGAAGUCUGCUCUUGACAGUAUGAAAAACUACAAAGGAACGCUGGACGAGCAGGUGUUGGAGCUCGAGACGCAGAAGAACGAGCUGGUCUCGAAAUUGGAAGCAGUGAGCGCGAAAGUGGAGCUUUUCGUUGAGACAGACUACGCCACCGCACAAGACGAAUACUCUGUGAUCCAGGAGAAGGUGAACAGUGAGAGACUCACGCGUCUCAAAAUUGAAGACGAGAUAAUGGAGCACCAAGGCAAGCUCCGGGUCAUGGUGGAACCACAAGCGCAGGUGCCAGGUGAACUGGACGACACCGUGACCGACUUUCUGGAGGACCGGGUUCGUGUGUUUGUUGAGUCCGCAUUGAUGGGGGUAAGCUAUAUAAUUCUUCUGGUCCACGCACAAGAGGACUAUUUUGGAAUUAUUCAGGAGCAUUUGGAGACACGCAGAUAUACACAGCGAUACGAGAACUGGCAGAUUGAGAUUUGCGAGCCCGCCACCAGCCACACAGCACAGCGAGAACUCCAGGUGACGAGUUUCAACGCCAACACGAAAAAGACACUCGCGGCGAGCGUCAUCUGCGUUGCGGUGGACGGGGGCAGCAUCUCUGCCCAGACACGAGAGUUCUGCGAGAGCAGAAAAACGAUGGUGAUCUGGGGACGCAGAGACGUCGAUGAGACUGUCGGUGCGCUGUGGCAGGUGCUGUGGACGUUACCGACUGCGAGACGAGAUGCUACGCGGAUGUAG